UGGUAGUCCCGGACCCAGAGAGGAUCUGGAGCUGCGGUCCUCACAGCGGGGACGGCGGGCGGCGCCGCAGGAGGCAAUGGGGACGCGCGCCCUGUCCCACGGCCCAUCCGAUGUCCCGGCUCCAUAGGGAACGGUGGUGGAGAAGAUAGAUUCACCACAGACCCACCACCCCCGGGGGAACCCACUGGUGGUGGUGCCCCGCCGUCGUGCCUCGCGGACUCGCGGGGUGAGGGAGAGGAGCGAAUCCAGAGCGGAGGAGCUCGGAGCAUGGGGACGGCGGCUGCGGGCGGCGGCUACGGAGCGCGCCGAUGGCUCCCGUGGCUAGGACUCUGUUUCUGGGCGGCGGGGGCCGCGGCUGCCCGAGGAACCGACAAUAGUGAAGUUCUCCCUGAUUCCAUCCCAUCAGCCCCUGGAACACUGCCUCAUUUUGUAGAGGAGCCUGAAGAUGCCUACAUCAUCAAGAGCAACCCUAUUGCUCUCCGAUGCAAAGCAAGGCCAGCCAUGCAGAUAUUCUUCAAGUGCAACGGCGAGUGGGUCCAUCAGAAUGAGCACGUCUCAGAGGAAAGUCUGGAUGAGAGCUCAGGCUUGAAGGUUCGGGAAGUGUUCAUCAAUGUCACCAGGCAGCAGGUGGAGGACUUCCAUGGGCCAGAGGACUAUUGGUGUCAGUGUGUGGCAUGGAGCCACCUGGGAACAUCCAAGAGCAGGAAAGCUUCUGUACGAAUAGCCUAUUUACGGAAAAACUUUGAACAAGAUCCACAAGGCAGAGAGGUUCCUAUUGAAGGCAUGAUCGUGUUGCACUGCCGCCCGCCAGAGGGAGUCCCUGCAGCAGAGGUGGAAUGGCUGAAAAAUGAGGAACCCAUUGACUCUGAGCAGGAUGAGAACAUUGACACCAGGGCUGACCAUAACCUGAUCAUCAGGCAAGCCCGGCUCUCAGACUCGGGGAAUUACACCUGUAUGGCAGCCAACAUUGUGGCCAAGAGGAGGAGCCUGUCAGCAACUGUGGUGGUCUACGUGAAUGGAGGCUGGUCUUCCUGGACAGAGUGGUCAGCCUGCAAUGUUCGCUGUGGUAGAGGAUGGCAGAAACGUUCCCGGACCUGCACCAACCCCGCUCCUCUCAAUGGUGGGGCCUUUUGUGAGGGAAUGUCAGUGCAGAAAAUAACCUGCACUGCUCUUUGUCCUGUGGAUGGCAGCUGGGAAGUGUGGAGUGAAUGGUCAGUCUGCAGCCCAGAGUGUGAACAUCUCCGUAUCCGUGAGUGCACAGCUCCACCCCCAAGAAAUGGGGGAAAGUUCUGUGAAGGUCUCAGCCAGGAAUCUGAAAACUGCACAGAUGGUCUCUGCAUUCUAGAUAAAAAACCUCUUCAUGAAAUAAAACCCCAAAGAUGGAGUAGGAGAGGCAUUGAGAAUGCCAGCGACAUUGCUUUGUACUCGGGCUUGGGUGCAGCCGUCGUGGCCGUUGCAGUCCUGGUCAUUGGUGUCACCCUCUACAGACGGAGUCACAGUGACUACGGCGUGGAUGUCAUUGACUCUUCUGCAUUGACAGGUGGCUUCCAGACCUUCAACUUCAAAACAGUCCGUCAAGGAAAUUCUCUCCUCCUGAAUCCGGCCAUGCAGCCAGACCUGACAGUUAGUCGGACAUACAGUGGGCCCAUAUGUCUGCAGGAUCCGCUGGACAAAGAGCUCAUGACGGAGUCCUCACUCUUCAACCCUCUAUCUGACAUCAAGGUCAAAGUCCAAAGCUCGUUCAUGGUUUCCCUAGGAGUGUCUGAGAGACCCGAUUACCAUGGCAAGAAUCACUCUGGAACUUUUCCCCAUGGAAACAACCGUGGCUUUAGUACAAUACAUCCCAGAAACAAAACACCGUAUAUCCAAAAUCUGUCAUCACUGCCCACAAGGACAGAACUGAGAACAACUGGUGUCUUUGGCCAUUUAGGGGGGCGCUUAGUAAUGCCAAAUACAGGGGUGAGUCUGCUCAUACCUCAUGGCGCCAUCCCAGAGGAGAAUUCUUGGGAGAUUUAUAUGUCAAUCAACCAAGGUGAACCAAGCCUGCAGUCAGAUGGAUCUGAGGUACUCCUGAGUCCUGAAGUCACCUGUGGCCCUCCAGAUAUGCUUGUCACAACUCCCUUCGCACUGACCAUCCCUCACUGUGCAGACGUCAGCUCAGAGCACUGGAACAUCCACUUGAAGAAACGGACACAGCAGGGAAAGUGGGAGGAAGUGAUGUCAGUGGAAGAUGAAUCCACAUCCUGUUACUGCCUUCUGGAUCCUUUUGCCUGCCAUGUGCUACUUGAUAGCUUCGGAACAUAUGCCCUCACAGGAGAGCCAAUCACAGACUGUGCUGUAAAGCAGCUCAAGGUGGCCGUGUUUGGCUGCAUGUCCUGUAACUCCUUGGAUUACAACCUGAGAGUUUACUGUGUGGACAACACCCCCUGUGCAUUUCAGGAAGUGGUAUCCGAUGAACGGCACCAAGGUGGCCAGCUCCUGGAAGAACCAAAGCUGCUGCAUUUCAAAGGGAAUACCUUCAGUCUUCAGAUCUCUGUCCUUGACAUCCCUCCAUUCCUCUGGAGGAUCAAACCAUUCACUGCAUGCCAGGAAGUCCCCUUCUCCCGAGUGUGGAGCAGCAACCGGCAGCCCUUGCACUGUGCCUUCUCCCUGGAGCGCUACACGCCCACCACCACCCAGCUGUCCUGCAAAAUCUGCAUCAGGCAGCUCAAAGGCCAUGAACAGAUUCUCCAAGUGCAGACAUCCAUCCUAGAGAGUGAACGAGAAACCAUCACUUUCUUCGCACAAGAGGACAGUACUUUCCCUGCACAGACUGGCCCAAAAGCCUUCAAAAUUCCCUAUUCCAUCCGACAGAGGAUCUGUGCUACGUUUGAUACCCCCAACGCCAAAGGCAAGGACUGGCAGAUGUUAGCACAGAAAAACAGCAUCAAUAGGAAUUUAUCGUAUUUUGCUACACAAAGUAGCCCCUCUGCUGUCAUUUUGAACCUCUGGGAAGCUCGUCACCAGCAGGAUGGGGAUCUUGACUCACUCGCCUGUGCCCUUGAAGAGAUUGGGAGGACACACACGAAACUGUCAAACAUCACAGAGUCCCAGCUUGAGGAUGCUGACUUCAACUACAGCAGGCAAAAUGGACUCUAACCUGGUUUCCUCUGUUGAGGCAGCACUAGUAAUGGCCAGCCUCAGGGCAAGUGGCUUCAACUGGGGAAGAAGAGGCAGAUUUCUGCCUAGUGGCAUUUGGGGAAUUCAGCCUUUAUUGAGAGUUAGUGAAAAUCCCUGGUCGAAGAAAAUGAGUUUGAUGUAGGUAAAACAUGUUAAUAGUGGGGUUAAAAAAAAAAAAGAAGAAAAAGACCCUGCAAUCUCCUCUGGGUCUACACAUGGGUUAACAUUGAAUAUACUCCUCAGAUUUUGACUACUGAGGGGAGAGGUGAAGGUAACUGUAGAUAAAAGUAGUUCUGAAAAAUAGAGAUUAAGUGCAUGUUUGGAAACAGGUUUGGAAUGAAUUGCCCUACAGGACCAGCUGAUUCUGAUACCAGAUUUUCAGUUUCCAACCUACUAGCAUCUAGGAUGUUGGAAAUUGUGGUUAAGAGUAGCUUUCAGAAGUGAAACCAGAUUGCCAAUCUAUUAGUGUGAUGCCACCAGUGUUGGGAAGGGCAUUUAGAAUUUAGUAUCUGAGUACAUCACACCAGCACUUAUUAUAUGAGUCUUUUAAUUGGGACAAGAUUGAAAAGCGAGAUAGACCUCACACUAGUAUUUGGUACCUCACCUUCAUUUUUUCCCCUAGAAACAAAACUCAUUUCUCUUCCCAUCAUGACAGUAAGGAGGAAAUAAGGAACAUGGUUAUAAAUUUCACCAUGGAAACAUACUUCUUCUAACUCAAUAAAGCAGAACAACUUCUGUCCCCAACCAAACUACUCAAAUCCCAGAAUGCUGUUAGAACUCAGUUUAUUCUAUGGAGUGGAGACACCAGAGGCUAUCCCAGGUCUAGGAAAAUAUCCAGAGAGCAGAUGUCUCAGACUUCGAGUAAGCCUGAUUCUCAGAGAUGCAUGGGUAUUAAACCAAGUUCUCCAAUAUUUGUUCCUGUAAGAAAUGUGUUUUACUAUGCUUUUCCAUCCAGAUUCUGGACUCUUCUAACCUUUUAUUCUAUGCCAUCACAGUAUGUCUCAAUGGAGCUUUAGGAGAUGACAUCUGUUGUCACUUUCUGGAAACUUACCUGAUAGCCUUUCUGAGUAGAAGCUGAGUAAAUGCAUCCAAGAAACAGAAUACCUUACCACAAUGUCCUAGGAACCACAUGCACCAUGCAGAGGGACGCUGUGCCCUGACUGCCUGACCUCACAUGUAGACUUUCUUCUUAGUACUGUUAACUCAUAGCUCUCAUUUUAUGACUUUUAUUAAUAUAAGGCAGUGUUAUUGUAGGUUAUUUGUGAGUUUCAUCUCAUGCUUUCCUACACUUUUGUAUCUGAUGACAUCAUUUUGACCAAUAACCCUAGGAGACUAAAGAUGACAGAUAUAUUCAUCUUCUGGCAGAUGCUUUUGGUAACUGUCCUCAAUGAGGACAGCCCAAGUAGACAGACACCUGCGUUCAAUUCCAGGCAGCUACUUAGCAACUUUGAGGCUGACUACAUUUGAAAAACAAUGGUCAGAAGUAGGAGAAGUGAGAAUCCUUGAUAGUAAGGAUAUGGCUAUGUGUUUGUUUUUGUGGGUCCUUUGUUGGAAAAUAAUGUUUUCAAUCUCUUCCCAAGUGGAAAAGACCUAAAGACAGGUUGAAGUUAUGAUCCCAUGGAUAAGACAUUGAAGAACUCUUGAAUGUGUUAGCCAUUUUGUCUAAAUAAUAUGUGAUAUAUCUGGUCACCUAGAUUACAUAGAAGACUUUUUCAUGUACAAAUCAAAACAACCCAUAUUGCUUUGCUCAGGAACCAAAGGCUAUUAUUCUAGUAAACAAACAAAUCAACUUAGAACUGUCAAACCUACUCAGAAUCCCAUAUCUGGACCUGGAGAAAGCCUUUACCUUAGUAUUCUCAACUUAUUUAUUCAGUCUUGUGAAAAAGAAAGAGAAAGAGCAUAAAAUUAUAAAACUGCUUGACAUCACUAAUACAUUCUUUGGAAAAAAAGAGAGAGAUGAAAAUAGGUGAUGAGUCACAAACCAGACAGGUGAUGAGUGGCAGGAUGGGAUGCAGAUGGAAUCUGCAUCCUCUGUUAGGUAAUAAACUAUUUGCAACCCAUUCUAGAGAGAUCGUAUAUUAAUGUCCAUUUGAAAGAUAUUUAUUUUAAUUUCCUACCCUAUCCAUUUCUCUUCUUUGCAUCCCAAUUGGCCUUAUAAUUGUUAAUCUGUUGUGUGAGCCUACACAUGUCUUUGUAGAUUUUUAAAACUUUUUUAUAAUAGUAUGAACAGAUAAAAAUUGUAACUUUCCUGGCAUCUAUAUAGGAUAUUUUAAGGUGAGGUAACAUGAACAACAUAAAUGUUGACCCUAAAGUGUCUGCAGUUCCCCCAUAGGUUUCAGGUUUCAUGUUUUGUUUGUUUCUUUUUUGGCCUGUGUUUAUAAGUGCACUUGAGCAUAGUAUCACAUUCAGUGAUAAGGGGGGAAGUUAACACAAAUCGCCUCACAUCCAGUCUAUAACUCUGUGAGAUUCGCCUUGACUUCUUGUGUUUCCUUCUUUACAUCUCUCUUAUUUCUGCAAGGAUGCUACACAGGAUUUUGAAAUAAAUAUGUUAAAUUCUACAGUCUUUGCAUGUCAGGGUUGUGUAAUAUUUUUUUGCAAUGAAAUUUCAAAGAGAACCCUGGUUUGUGAGAUUUUCAGAUCAAGGGAUUAUGUGUGCUGGGGGAGGGUCUGCAGGUCACACAAUCUUAGCUCACCCUUGAAAGUGUGAUGACUCACUGUGACCUCAAGCUUUUCCAUUGUCUUCACCUGUCAUGACACAAAUGUCCUACUUGGAAGAAGCUUACACGUUACUUUAGGCACUGAAUUUCAGAGUGUCACUGUCUUAGUACAAGAUGAAGCAAACACUAAAAGUGGCCUUAAAUACUUGGUAGGUUACGUAAAAUUUUUACAAAAAUAUCCUACUUAAUGCCAAAUUUCUCAGUGCUCGGAGACAUUAAGUCUAAUAGUUAUACUUAAAACAUGAAUUAAAAUUAUGCCAUCAAAAUGGUGUGAUCCACAGUUUUGUCAGACUACAUCAUCAUAAAGUUAAUUUGUGGUCUUUACAACAUCACAUAUACAAUCUUAGCGUCUUACAUUAAUGUCCUUUAAGACAAACGGAAGCUUGUUCUGUGGAUUUAAAUGCAAACUUCAUUUACUAGUGCAGGCAGACUCAUAAAACUCAGAUGUACUCCCACAAAAAUUUUAUUAGCCUUUUUUGUAAGAGAUGCAAAGGAAUUGAUAGAGCUCCCUUUAAAGAGAGGAACUUUUCUCUUAUUUUUUAUUAUUUUUAUCUCAAACUGCUGUGGUCCUUUCAUUUAGCUGACACAAGGACUAUUAAGUCAAAUCACACAGGGUUCUCUUUGGAGUAAAGUAUCUGGAUUUAUUGCAGUGAUUUUUUUCCAUGACAAAACCUUUAACUAUCAAACAUGAAAAGCAAAGGCAGCAAAUUAAAAUGGCAUGAAUGGUUUUAUACACUUUCACCGAAUUUACCUGUGACUUUCAGAAUGUUAACAAAAUCUUUGGAAUAUGCUGUUUUUAUUUUUUCCUUUCAGACAUUUUGUUUUCAAUUUCAUGGUCUUUCUGGCCUCUGUAAACGUGUUGAAGGAUAGAGAUAUCAAACAUGCUAAAGGCAGCAUUUUCUGAGGUCUUUAUUCCAGCAGAAUGAGGAAGGAGCCGGGAAACGUGGCCCCUUUGCAUUCUGUCUCAUGAAGCAUUUGCAAAGCCUGACCCCUUAGUAACUCCCAUUGUCUGGACUACAGGUGACAGCUUCACCACCUGGGAGAGCAAAAAUGUGGGCUUACCAAUGGUGACGACAUUUUAUUAGCCCUUUGGUGUUCAUUGUCAUAGCACUGUAUUUGAACAUUGAUGCUUUUUGCCAACAGUUGAAUGGCCAUCGUUUCCGUAGUUGCCACUGUUUUGUCCGCAUAGAAUUUUCCUGAACUACAAGCAAAAAUGUAUUUUGUCAAAUGUCACAAAAGUGAAAAUGUUACUUAUCUUAGAUGUGUUGCACAUUUUGUGUUUUUCUUUUCCAAACUCUUUCAAAAGCUGAGGUGACAAAGCUGUUUGGCUGUAUUGACAGCAUGUGGUGUCUUUUCCAGAAGCAACUCUAGGAGAGCCAGUGUCUACCGUGAACUCUUCAUCCCCACUACAGGGUCACCAACAAAGCUAAAAUGGCAAUUUGUCGACUGUCAUUAUUUUCUGAGGAUCUAAGGGGAUGGCACCAGGCCUGGCUAUUAGUCACUAGUGUGUAGUACUGUGAUCUGAAGUAGGAAGUUUAUCUCGCAUAGAAUAAUUGUGGUUUUUGAAGCAGCUACUCAUUGCUUUUUCCUUUUUGCUGUGAAGAUCAUGGAUUUGGAGUGUCCUCACGAAGUGGGCCUAAGACAGUAACAUUUCAACUUCAUGUCUUUGAAUCUACCAUGCAUCUGAAUCCAAAGAUAAAAAGGGCCAUAAGCAUCCUAGCUAGGCCUAAGCUUAAAAUUCUCCCUGCCCUGACCAUUAUCAAGUUCAAUAGGUGUUGUAUCGUUUUUCCACAAAGUUAUACCUUAGAUUCUGUUAUAUAUAAGUGAAUUUGGUAAUAUCUUUCUUUACCUGAUUGGAAAUAUGUGUCAGAGACUUUCACAAAAGGCAUGGGAAUAAUGAAUAUGCUCUUUUGUCUCAAAUUUAGCUAACUCUAAAAAAAAUCUACCUAACUCAAGAGUGAUUCAUACCUAAAUUCCACAAUUGAGAAAGUUGUUCAAUAACCUUAAAAUCUGAUACAUUUCUAGUGGGUGGUAAUCUAAUUGGGGUUCUGAUGAAAGCAUGGCAUUUAAAGGAACUAUGCAAGCCAAAUGUCAUGCCAUGAGAAUCUUUCCUGAGACACAGGCAUUCUGCACAAACGUGGAAGCAGCAACUCUAAUAUUACUUCUUUAGCAAGCCUGGGUAGUGGUGAGAGGGAGAGUCAUCAGGCUAGAGCCCUCAGGGCCUCCUGGGAGAAAAGCUGAGAAUAGAAACCCCAGAAAGCCUCCCACAGAUGCUUCCUGCUCCCAUAGAAACCUUCUCAAUAAAGGGGGAGAUACACAAGUGUCAGAAUUUCCCAGUCAGGAAAACUGCUCCACACUGGAUGAAGAACAGAAUUUCCAUUCUUCGUAAUUAGGUCUGCUUGACACACACACUCCAGGAAAUCAUGACCUAGAAGUGUUGUAAACACAGCCAGGUAGAGGAAUACUGGCCCAUUUUCCUAGCCCAAACUUGGAAACAUGAGUGAUGUUUUUCCCUCCUUCUAUAUGGAAGAAUUUAGAACAUAUUUCAUUUUGUUCUUUUUAUUUUGGGAAGGUAUGUGGGGGUGUUCUUUCAAAAGAUUCAUUUUUUUCUCCAAACCUCGACAUUUAUUUGGUGUGUUCAAAGCCAAAAACUAUGAAAUAAUCUCUAAAGCAGAGCUGAACACUAACUUGGACAUGAAGCUGGAAGAAUGAGCAAGCCAGAGGAGAGGGUCUAAGCAAAGCAUGGCCUUCGCUUCAUACCACACUUUUUGUGCCUUGUAUUAUCAGUGUAAAUUCUGAAUGUUGUACAGUAAAUACUUGGACGGACUCCUUAGAGAAGGACGCAGCGGCUUCUUUUUCAGCACAUGUACAUAUCUAUAAAUAUAUAUACAUAUAUAUUUGGUAAUGCCAAACAGCUAUGUUAUAUUGUACUGAACAAAAUGGCCCGUUUGGAUGUUUUAUGUAGAGUUUGCAAAAAAAAAAAUGGAUGGUUAUCGACUUUUCAAGAUAAAUGUACAGGCAUAAAUUACUGCUUAUCAGUUAUUUAUGAAUAAAAAGUCUUUUAUUGACAUUUUA